UAAUGUGAGGGCUACUAAACUUAUAGGCUAACAGUCGACCCAACGACAAACACUGCUGACAGAAAAAAGGAGAUCCGUCUCAUAUUAUCUGUGUCAGUGUGAUGGAUGUGGACACAUCCGGGGGGAUUUUAGAUGAGGAUGUGGCAAUGCAGAUGAUGAUUGAACAGAGUCUCCAGCAGAGCCACAAACCAACACAGCUGAAGAGCUCUUACAGUGGAGACGCCUGCAGGAUUGUUCAAAUUUCACCUGAGCGAGAGAAGAUUUUCAGCGCAAUAAAAGAUGGUGAUGAAAACUCUCUGCGUAAACUGACCGUCCACGAUUGCUGUUUCUCUGAGGAAGACUCCACAGGCUUCAUCCCUUUACAUGAGGCCGCCAUUCAGAACAACCUAAACAUUCUGCAGAUCACCUUCACCGCGUCUCCUGAAGAAGCGAAGCACAGAAAGACUCAUCGAGGGAAAACUGCGCUCUUCUUAGCAGUGGAGAAAGGGCUUCUGGACAACACUUUCUUCCUGCUGGAUCAUGGCAGCAGUCCAGACCCGCUGGAUAAAGAGGAGGACUCGCCUCUCAUUGUAGCAAUCAGAAAUGAUCAGCGUGAGAUGGUGGAUCUGCUGCUAAGGUUUGGAGCGCGUGUGAAUCAGGAGUGUGUGAACCGCAGGACGGCUCUUCAUGAAGCUGCUCGACUGGGCCUGACGGAGAUUCUGGAUCUGCUGAUAAAGAACGGAGCUCAUGCUGAUCCUCGCAGCUCUUUUGGCCUCACACCGCUGGCUUUAGCAGCACAGGCCGGAUACCUGGACAUCAUGCGGACACUAAUACACAGAGGUGCUGAUGUUGAGUCUCAGGCUCAGGAUUGUGCAACCAUCUUGUUUGAGGCUUGUAUUUCAGGAAACCCUGAUGUGAUUUCAUUACUGCUGAAGUCCGGCGCAGAUGCAAACGUCCCCAAACACACCGGACACCUGCCCAUCCACAGAGUAGCUCAUCGUGGACACCUCAAGGCCCUCGCUCUCCUGAUUCCCGUCACAUCGUGGGACGCAGUGGACGACAGCGGCAUCAGUCCUCUUCAUUCAGCUGCCGCCGGUGGACACACACACUGUUUAGAGAUGCUCCUCAAUGCCGGAUAUGACCCAAAUUUCAUGCUCCACCCGUGGGUUCGCCGCAGCUACGAUGAUAAGCGUCAGUCUGCACUGUAUUUCGCUGUGUCCAAUGAUGACGUCUCCUCCGCCAGAGUAUUGCUGGAGGCCGGAGCCAUGCCCAACCAGGACCCCGUCAAAUGCCUGCAGGUGGCGCUGCGUCUGGGCAACCAAGAGCUGAUCCGGCUGCUGCUCCGAUACGGUGCCAAUGUAAAUUAUUUCUGCCGUGUAAACACCACACACUUCCCCUCGGCACUGCAGUACGCUCUGAAGGACGAGCUGGUGCUGCGGAUGCUGUGUAAUUAUGGUUACGACGUGGAGCGAUGCUUUGACUGUCCGUAUGGAGAAGGGUCGCAUGUGCCGCGCGGAUAUGAGGGAUGGACUGAUACCGUCAUCAAAGACACUCUGUUUUGUGAGGUGAUUUCGGUCUCCUUUUUGAAGCAUCUCUCGGGGAGCGUCGUGCGCAUCAUGAUGGAUUAUGUGGAUCAUGUGAACUUCUGCUCCAAACUGAAGGCUGUCCUCAUGGAGCAAAAACAGUGGGCUGAGAUCUGCCACUUUCAAGAGAACGUGCGCUGUCUGCAGCAUCUCUGUCGGCUGAAGAUCAGGGCUUGCUUGGGUCGACUGCGUUUAAGAGCUCCCAUUUUCAUGAGUUUUCUUCCACUGCCGAAGAGACUGAAGCAUUACAUCCAGUACAGAGAAUAUGACCUGUACGGUCAGAAAUGCCAAACGCAGAGCAAAUGAGCCAGAGCAACACACACAAUCACUGUUGUCCACUAUAUACAUGUUUAUUCUGCAACAUUAUUAACAUAUAUUAACAGUGUCUUAAAGGAGACCUGUUAUGCCGUUUUGUACAAGAUAAGUCUCUGAUGUCCCUACAGUGUGUGUGUGUGUGUGUGUGUGUGUGUGUGUGUGUGUGUGUGUGUGUGUGUGUGUGUGUGUGUGAAGGUUCAGCUCAAAAUACCACACAGAAAAUGUUUUCUAACUCUCUGACACUGACCCUUUCAGGCUUGAUCCUAAUUGUGGCGUUUUGGUGACUGUCACUUUAAAUUCAAAUGACAUUUUCAAGAGAGGGCGGAGCUACAAAUGCCUGUAUGUCAGCAUAGUGGCAGACUCAAAAACAAGACUAAUGUCCUAUGCUAAUGAGGGAGAGAAGGUCACUAGUGGGCGUGGCUUUCCGCCUCUGAUGACACGUACAAAGAGAGAAUGUCAAUCAAAGUGUUUCUGCAGACUGUUAUCAUCAAGUGGGAUUGUAAAAAAUACAAUUAAUUAAUUUGUACCUUUAGAAGCUGGUUAAAUUCACACAAUGAUAUUACACAACUGUGUUUAAACCUCUUAUAAAAGUUAUUUUUUCAUAA